AUGCAGCUCCAGCAACAGAGACAAGACACAGAUGUGCAACCUAUAUUUGACAAGGAGCCUUCUGCUCAACCGGCUCCAAUUUCUCAGAUACUUCAAGCUCCUGCACCUCAGACCAGCCAACUUCAGGAACCUCCUACUCCUGCUCCUGCUCCUGCUCCUCCACCUCCACCUCCCCCUCCCCCUCCACAGCCGCAGCCCCUGGCCACAAAGGUAGAGUCGUCUCCUCCUAUAUUCCACUUUUGUCCGAACCCUCCUGGCCUAUGCACGUUACGUAAGACACAUGCAGCUCCUGUUGCUAUCAUAUGCACAGCCGGCGUCAUUACCAUCAGGAUUGCCACCAUGGCCAUUGCUACCACCGAGAACCCAGGCUCUAUACCUCCCGAAAGUCUAGGAGCUUCGAUGACGUUCAGGGAACCAUCACCUUUGAGACAAGCUGAGCGUACUGUUGUCAAAAAUGCCAACUCUUGGUCAAUGCCGGCAACUGGGAAUUGGGAUGAUAGCAAUGAACGGGUAAGAAAACCCAGGUCCCCUACACCUUCACCUUCACCAGUGCGAGAAAGACGCUACGCUGAGCCACAUCAACUCUCUUCUUCACUAAGGGGCACACGCCCUCCUCAAGCAAAGAUAUGUCGAUUUGCAUCCGACGAACCACAGAGUCAGCCCAAUGUCCAAUAUCAAACUUGGGAGGAUGACCGCCCCAAAAGGCAGUACAGCCGUGUUAUAUCGCGAGGCGAUGAUAAUAAUAAUGAAGAGAGCGGCUGGUAUGAUACACCGGAGUAUGAGAGACCGAUCUCAAUGCGGCCCUCUAGAAACGUCAGCAUGCAACGACGGCCUUCCCGAGUAGAAACAGAUAGAGCCCCUUCAGAAGUCCUGAUCGUCCCGAAGCCUCGGCGCCAGUUUGAAGUCAGGUAUGGGACAUAUCAACCAGAACAGCAACGGGACUAUGAGUAUAGGGAGCCUCAGCCAGAGACCCGUUUUAGGGAAUGUGAACCCUCAAAUCCCAGGAGAGUGACGACUGUCAACAGACGGAGCUAUGCGUACCCCGUAGUCCGUGAUGAACAGGAAGAAGAUGAUGCAGGCCAGGGGUAUAGUGACCCAAGGUACGAGAAGUGGAAUAAAAGUCGUUAUGCUAGCCAUGAAAUCAUUGAGGGACCUCGAGGGACAUAUAAUCCCCCAGCCGCCCGAGAUCCGAGUGGUCAGCAAUAUAAGGCGCGAGAGAGGUCGGUUGUCUGGUAG